AUGCUAAUUGAAGUUGUAACCAAAAACUUUGUAGUUGUGUUAAUAUUUUUAUAGUUACAAAUAAAAUACUUUAUGCAUUUACAGCAAUAAAUGUUUUAAUACCAUUGAAAACGUAAAUGCUUAGUAUAAACAGACACUUGCCACGUUCUUUAGCGUUGAAAAAUAUCUUCCGUCGUUUUUUAACUUGGAAUACCUCUCACGACUAUGUUAUUAUUGGUGCUGGGUCAGCCGGAUGUGUUUUAGCAAAUCGUCUUUCAGAAAAUCCUAAUAACAGUGUUUUGUCAUUAGAAGCUGGUCCUCAAGAUUCAUGGUGGAAUUGGAAAAUACAUAUGCCGGGUGCUAUUCAAUACAAUUUGCAAAACGACAAGUAUAAUUGGUAUUAUAAUACAGUACCACAACCUCAUAUGAAUAACAGAAUAAUGUAUUGGCCACGGGGUAGAGUAUGGGGAGGAUCAUCAGCACUUAAUGGAAUGGUGUAUGUACGCGGACAUCCUCAAGACUUUGACCGAUGGGAAAAAGAAGGUGCUAAAGGAUGGUCAUAUAAAGAUUGUUUACCUUAUUUUAAAAAGGCACAAAAUCAUUCUUUUGGUGAAGAUCAGUAUAGAGGUGGAAAUGGUCCACUACAUGUAACCAGAGGCUCAAUGGAAAAUCCACUUCAACAAGCGUUUCUGGAAGCAGGUCAACAAGCUGGUUACCCAUACACUGAAGAUGUAAAUGGCUAUAAACAAGAAGGUAUGGGACAAUACGAUAGAACUAUUUACAAAGGAAAAAGAUGGAGUACAUCACAGGCUUACCUUCACCCUGCGUUGAAAAGAAAAAAUUUGGAUGCUCAACAUGGAGCUUUUACAACCAAAAUUUUGUUUGAAGGUACAAAAGCAAUAGGUGUUGAAUAUGUUCAAAAUUCUGAGAUUCGAAAAGCAAAAGCAAACAAAGAAGUGAUCUUAUCUGGAGGAGCUGUUAACACCCCUCAAUUGAUGAUGCUAUCAGGCAUUGGAGAUAAAGAAGAACUUGCUCGUCAUGGUAUACAAUGUGUUGCACAUGUUCCAGGAGUUGGUAAAAAUUUGCAGGAUCAUCUUGAAUUAUAUGUUCAACAUCGUUGUCUUCAACCUAUAACGUUAUAUAAGCACAAACAACUUUGGAGGAUGCCAUUAGAUGGUGCAAUAUGGCUUUUGAGUAAAAAAGGAAUCUGCAGUACAACCAGCAUUGAUGUUGGGGCUUUUAUUCGCUCGCGAGAAGGAAUACCCCAUCCAGACAUUCAACUAAUUUUGUUACCAUUUCUUGUCAGUGAUCAUGGGAGAAAAGAAGAAAAAGGACAUGGUUAUCAAGUUCAUGUAGGAACCUUACGUGCAACGAGCUCUGGGUAUAUUGCACUUAAAUCUGUAGAUCCAAAGGAUCAUCCUUUAGUAAAUCCAAACUAUCUUGCCACGCAAGAAGACAUAGUUGAUAUGAGAGAAUGUGUUAAAUUAACACGCGAGGUUUUGUCACAAGAUGCCUUAAAACCAUUUAGAGGCGAAGAGCUGCAGCCAGGUUUAAAGGUAAAGACAGAUGCAGAAAUUGAUAAAUUUGUUAGAGAGAGAGCUGAGACAAACUAUCAUCCAUGUUGCUCUUGUAAAAUGGGGAACGAAAAUGAUCCAAUGGCUGUAGUUGACAACCGAAUGCGAGUUUUUGGUAUCGAAAAACUGCGUAUUGUUGACGCCUCCAUUAUGCCGUCUAAUGUUAGUGGUAAUUUAAAUGCAUCAGUAAUAAUGAUCGCAGAAAAGGCUGCAGAUGUUAUUCUUGGCAAAAAACCUUUACCGCAGAUUACCGCUCCAGUUUAUGAAACUCCUACGACUGGUCAAAGAUAAUUUAUUUAAAAACCAUAUAAGAGCUCUUAUUCCGUAAAAAGCUCUUAAAAAUAUAACUUAUUUUUUGAUUAACUGAAAAAGAUAAAUUUUAAAUUGA